AGCAGAAGUCAAAUCUGUUACAAAAGUGGUUAUCAAGCAACAAUGGCAAAAACUAUGGGACAGUAACACCAAAGGAAGACAUUUAUACCAGAUACAAAGGGAAGUAGGAACAGGAAGCACUUGGGGGAGUAGUAGAAGAGAACAGAGCAUUAACAGCAGGAUAAAAUUGGGACACUCUGGAUUAAUCUCAUCACUGCAUCUGAUUGGAAAACAUCCAAAUGGAAAUUGUGAUGGUUGCCAACAACCAGAGACAAUACAUCAUGUAUUUGUUAGCUGCCCGGAUUAUAACAGACAAAGAUUCAUUCUGAAAACUGCACUAGAACAACUCAACGUCAAGGACAUGGAUUUCAAGUCAAUAUACGAAAGUAAAUCAAGAAAUGAAGCAAACAAGCUGAUCUUCAAAUUCCUCAAAAGCACUGGUCUGAGGACAAGGAUUUAAUAUGAACAUUUAAUAACUCAACAGUAGGGGGCGAUAUAUGCUCCAAGUGGAAGCGAUUCGCCAUUAAAGAAAAGAAGAAGAAGAAGAAAGUUGUGUAUACGCUGUGAUACCAGCCGAUUUAGUAAAAGGCAUCAUGAAAGAGAGAUAGGUCGUGUUGUAUGGUCUUAAAACACAAGCGAUUGAUGCUACGCACCACAAAAAGAAGUUAACUGCUGAUCUUCAUCUUUCUGAUGCCGCUUUGAGAGACAUACGAGUAACCAUGAACGAAGAUUGUUUUAACCGAGCUCCCGGAGCAGAGAGAGCCCGACAUUUUCCCGCGGACCCCGGGCUUGUGGGGUCCACCGGCAAUGGAGACUCCAAAGCCCCGCUUUUCAACCAAAGGGAGCCGUUGAGACAGCCGCGAACAUCCCCACCAUAUUCUGAAAACAGCACAAGCGCGGCCGACGCCAUGGUUGCUGGAGAUUUUAAAAGACCGAGCAAACACCAACCAAGUGCAAAUGCCAACAGUCCGUCUGCCUCCAGAGGUUUUAAUGAAGUGGAUUCUUUGGUCCAGUCGUCAAAGCUUUCAGCGAGUGCCCCAGAGUUUGUCCCUUCUGGAAUGAACUCUUAUGAAGACCCCUCUUUUUGUGAUGACAGCACAAGCUAUUAUGAGGAACAAACCUUGGCUGAGACGGUGACAGACUUCCUGGCCCACCUGAGCUCCUCACCAGGCUCCUUUGAGUCUGACGUUGAACAGAUAACGGCGAUGCUCAAUUCCUGGGUCACUACUGAGGAGCUGCUGAAUGAGCUGGUGGAGCUGAUUUACACACAGUCUACUGCCAUUCCGAACUUCUCGUACACGGGCGCCCGGCUCUGUAACUACCUGUCUCAUCAUCUCACCGUCAGCCCUCCAAGUGGCAACUUUCGUCAGCUGCUCCUAAAAAGGUGUCAGACGGAGUAUGAACAGAGGGGUGCAGCUGUACGAGGAGACAAAGAGACUCAGAAGAAGUUCCACUCCUAUGUGCUCUUCCUGGGAGAGCUCUAUCUCAGCCUCGAGAUUAAAAGUGCAAAAGGACCUCCAAAUCGAGCAGCGAUCCUUCUCACGGCUCUGAAGGACCUGAUGAACAGUCUGUUCUCCAAGCCGGUGGACGCAAAUCUCAUCUGCGCUGUCAAGCUGCUUAAGCUGACGGGCUCGGUCCUGGAUGACACGUGGAAAGAGAGUGGACAACGACACAUGGAUGAACUGGUCCGAAGAAUAGAAAAUAUUCUACUGGAUGCCACCUGCAGCAGGGAUGUCCGACAGAUGCUCCUGAAACUAGUGGAGUUGAGAUCGAGUGACUGGGGCAGGGUCCGAGCAGCUGCAGCAGCCAGCAACGCCACGCCAGACAACGACCCCAACUACUUCAUGAAUGAACCCACAUUCUACACACAAGACGGGACUCCUUUCACAGCAGCAGACCCAGAUUAUGGUGAGAAAUACCAAGAGAUCCUGGACAGGCAGGAGUAUUUCAAUGACACUGACGGAGAAAAUGGAAGCGAAUCCGAGUUAUUCGACUCUGAAGACGAGAUGGAGCCUGAGAUAGAAGAAGCUUAUGAGACAUUUUGUUUAGAAGCAGAGAUGAGACGAAAACAAUGACGUGACGGUGAAAGUCUCGAAAGGCACAUCCUUUACUUUUAAUUCUCAACUUGUUUGGAAUGUUGAAACGCAAAGUUAACUAGCAUCCGAUAUGUUCAAACUUUUAUUUAAGGCUAAAAAGCAUUUUAAUAAAAGGAGCUGUUCACAGCACUUCUGACACUAUUUCAGUCAGGGUUGAUUAGAAAUGGGGACAGUCAACAGGGUCAAUUGUUCAAAAAAUAUUAACGGUGUUAAGAGUUUUUCUUUGGACAUGGCAGUUCUCUCUUUGUUGCUUUUACAUUGUUUUCAGGAAUGUAUUUCCUUUACGCCUAAACAAAAUGCCAAGAGGGAAAUGGUGUGCUGUGGAUUUAUUUUCCUUUGAGUUACUUUCUGAAAGGCCGAUUGCAUCGACUGCGUGCAUUCUAGUUUAAGUUCUUAUGAAUGCAUAAACAGGCCAAAAAACUCCAUUCAUUGUCAGAGAGGCCUCAUCCUAAUGUGAAAUGCACUGUAAGACGGUGAGGGUUGCUUUACUACAUACAGACAUGCAUAUACAGCCUUUAUCCUGUGACUGUUGUCAGGUGGAUGGCAGUCCAGUUAGGAGAAAUGAUGUUAGCUCUAAUAAAAACAAAUACUUAAUUUAGUCAUAACCUGGGAGGUGAAUUUGGACAGAAGUCUCUAAGUAAAAUGUUCAGAAUCCAUGGUCAGUGUGACAGUGUUAACUGCAGGAAAGGAUUAUUUAUAUCCCACUUAUCCCAAGACGGAAAUACUGUUUACCAGCAAUUCAUUCAGCCCAUAAAAAGGAAUGUUGUUUCAUAGUUUGUAAAUAUUAUUUAUGGUAUUGUUUGCCUGCAAUAAAUUCUUUAUAAUGUGAAUUGAUUUGUCUUUUGUUUAGGUGGAAGGCGAUAAACAAGGACGUUUGUUCUGUAUUUGGGACAGGCACAUUGUUUUUUCUCCAGAGAUUUAAUUGUGAAGUGAUUUAGUGACUUGGACUUCAUCUUUGUUGUAUAGCGAGAUAUAAACUCACGGGAACACAUGGUGAAACACUGCGAUAUAAAGCUCAGGGAUUCUGUGAGAGAUUAUCAUUAGAAAACAAUAUUUUUAAAUGUUCCUAUUCUUUCUUUUUUGGUAUUUCCUUUUUUGUUCAGUUAAGUGUUUAAUAAAAUACUGUUACAAAUUU